AAAACAAAACUUAAGACAAGAAAUUAUACCUCUUAAAUGCCAUCUCAUAUUUUUCUGCAAUGUCCGACAUCAAAUACAAUGAAUUCCACCUUGUGGGAACAUCCAAAUCUUGUGCACCCAAAACUACUGUCCCCCGCUUGGUGAGAGCAUUCUUAAGAACCCUAACAACUCCACCAUUUGAUGAUGCAUUGUCCACAGUCAAUGAAUAUACCUCUUCAAUACCCAGUCUUUCAAACACCUCUCUAAAGGGUCACCUAACUCUUCCCCCUUAUGGCUCUUAACAAGAUAGAAGUUUAGGAUUUUUUUGUGCAACUUCCAAUUUUCAUCAAUAUAAUGUGCAGUUAGACACAUGUAAGAAAUUCUUUGAAUUGAGGUUCAUGAGUAAGUAGUAAGUGAAACCCUUUGUCUAGAUUCUUUGAAAACUGAUUUAAGCUUCAACCUUUUGUCCAUAUAAAUAUUAUAGCAAUCU